GUCUGUUGGCAGCGAUAAAGCUCCCCAAUAUCAAAAUAUAUCGCUUACGGCACACUUCACCUGAGCGAGUGAUACAAAUUUGCUGCUAUAUUUAAAAAUCUAAAGAAGGCUAAAAUAAGACGGUACUAAGAAUUCAGCAAACGUCGAACUUAUUUUAACAAGCAAGUUUUUAUUGGUAGCUUAAUAAACUAUUUUUUACUUUAUACUUCAACAUGGAUCCCGCAGUACUAGUGAAAUUGGAAGAUGGUUGGUGUUCGUUAUACUCCUCUGACAGCAAAUCGUUGCUAAAGAAAUAUCUGACAAAAGAAGUACUAGAUGAAUUAAAGAACAAAAAGACUAACUUUGGAUCCACACUUUUGGAUUGUGUGCAAUCUGGAUUUGAAAACCAUGAUUCGGGAGUUGGUAUUUAUGCUCCCGACGCUGAUGCAUACACAGUGUUUGCUCCAAUAUUCGAUCCCAUCAUCGAGGACUAUCAUAAAGGAUUCAAGUCCACAGACAAACAUCCCGCCAAAAAUUGGGGUGACGUGAACACUCUUGGUGACCUGGAUCCAGAAUGCAAAUACAUCAUUUCUACGAGGGUACGUUGUGGUCGUUCACUGGAAGGCUAUCCGUUCAAUCCAUUGUUGACCGAACAGCAGUACAAGGAGAUAGAGAAUAAGGUUUCUUGCACACUCCAGGGACUAGGUGGUGAAUUGAAAGGAGAGUUUUAUCCUUUAACUGGCAUGUCUAAAGAUGUACAGCAGAACUUAAUCGAUGACCAUUUUCUAUUUAAAGAAGGUGACCGAUUUUUACAGGCUGCUAACGCUUCGCGAUUCUGGCCGACUGGCCGUGGUAUAUUCCAUAACGAAAACAAAACGUUCCUGGUUUGGUGCAACGAGGAAGAUCAUUUAAGGCUCAUAUCGAUGCAACAAGGAGGAAACUUGGGAGAGGUUUAUUCGAGGCUCGUAACAGCGGUAAACGAUGUGGAAAAACGACUUCCAUUUUCGCAUCAUAACCGUUUGGGAUUUUUAACAUUCUGUCCAACAAACUUGGGGACAACCAUCCGUGCAUCAGUUCAUAUUCAGCUGCCUAAAUUAGCCGCGGACAAAGCUAAAUUGGAAGAAAUUGCUGGAAAAUAUAAUUUACAAGUUAGAGGUACUCGCGGAGAACAUACAGAUGCAGAAGGUGGAAUUUAUGAUAUUUCAAACAAGAGGAGAAUGGGUUUGACCGAGUAUCAAGCUGUUAAGGAAAUGAAUGAUGGUAUAAAAGAGCUCAUAAAGAUCGAAGAACAAUUGUAAGUCUGGGUGUUAUUACGUCCUACAUGCGAUAGGUCUUUAAAUUUCAAUAAAUCUAGUCAAAUAAAAACAAUGUAGUAUUAUAUUGCUUCUUUUUUUUUACUAUUGUUACUUUAUUUUGCUUGAGCAAAAUAUUGUUAACGAGGUUAUAAGCUUAUAUAAUGGACAUCAAGUUACGUAAUAAAUUUCAAUAAUAUUAUUCUAUUAUACUAAUAUAGGAACAAAUGUGAGAGGAUAAUAUUAUAAUCAUAAUAAUGAACAAACUACCAGAUUUGUUUCCAUUAUUUAAUAACAUAAAAUAUGUCCUCUUAUUUUUUUCGUAUUAUACUAACGUAACUUCUAGUAUAUCUUUAAUGUUUAUUCAGUUUUAAAGGCUUUUAAAAUAUAUCUUCCGCAAUCUUAAACACGAUUAAUUUAAAUAUGUACGUAAUUGUGAAGCUCAUUCGUUAAAUAUGAAGUAUUAGACAGUGGUGGUCCAAACUUUUUGGGUCUUUGAAGCAAAUUGUAUAUUUUUAAUAUUUUUACCACCAACCACCCCCUUUAUUGCAUUAAAAUGAUAAUUUACUAUGUUAAUUAUUAUAUUUUUUAUGACAAUAAUUGUACUGAGGUAUUACAAUUAUACCACCGGCAUCCAC